GAGCACUUCUUCAAAUGUCCCGCGUGUGCCUUGCAUAAAGCACAAUUCGUGAUGGGAUGCUCAAAAAUUGUGGGGCGAUGUUUUCCUAUCUUUGUGAUUGCUAUAGUGUUUGAUGUUGUUGGGAUUGUUCUCCUUUUACUUGGGAUUUUUGCCCAUUUCACAUUUUGGGACUUUUUCAUUUAUACCGGAGCGAUCAUCAUAUCGCUGAGCCUCAUCUUUUGGAUAUGCUGGUAUAGUGUCAACCUUGAACCGUCUGAAGAGCUGCGCUUAGCUUGAAAUGUUCUCACUUAUCUUUAGAAUUGUUGAACUACAAGCAAUACUAGUGAAACCGUGAACAUUUCUAGAGUAAAGGAUUCCCUGGAAAUCCCCCUGCUGAACAGAAGCCACCCCGAGAGAUUUGAAUACUAAAAGGAACGAGUUUAACUCAAGAUUGAAAGGUCAUGCACUAUUGAAGGAACUGACUACAAAGAAUGAAGAUAUAUACCUUUGCACUUAAUUAACACUUUAUUGUUUGCAAUAUAGCCAAAGUAGACAUAAGGCUGCACAUUAAAAGAAACCAUUCAAGCUAUUUAUUUCACACAGAAAAUGAACAUUUAUGGACAAUUAUGGAUUUUCUGUUGGACUUUUGGGUAACAUUGAUUUACAGUGAAUGUCCUCCAAUGUUUUUAAAUUGAGACCUCAAGUCUAAACCAUGAGAUCAUAAUCGGUCUGUUUUGUCUGUGUGCCAUACUAUUUGUAAAUGCGAUGCCAUCGUCACAACCAAUGAGGAAUUUAAAUACCACUGAUACUGUUCACAAAUGUUUACUGUUGUUCAGUGUAAUCUGCGUUUGAGGUUAACUUUUUUUAGUUGUAAUGUAAUUUAAAUAUAACUAUCUUGAUCUUUUAAUAUAUGUGUGUACUGUAUGUACCCAUGUGUGUAUUCAUGUGUUUUUAUUGAUAUUGCUUGGAUGUAUAAUUGUUGUAUUGUUUCUUAUUGAGAAUUUAAAAAGGGAGCAACAGGACAGUUCCACGCCCUCUCUGUCUGGCUGUACCACUCAAUCAACGAAAUGUUAAUGACAGAAGAUAUUCAGAAACAUCACUUGAUUGUUAGUGCUCACAAUAAAGUGUUGUUUGUGAAUGUGGCCAAAA